AUGUUCAGAAGGAGACUGUUUGACGGUUUCAACUCGGUCAGUGAUGACGUCAGGAGGGUGUACCCACAACAACUGGCAGAACAGGUUGUCAAUGACCUGUACACCGCUGCAAAGAAAUCACCGUCAUCAUGCGACGCCGUCCUUGACAUCAUGGAACGUCAGUUGGUAGAAGUCAAGGUCAGCCCGAGAUAUCUCAUCGGGGGAACGAAUUCACUUGUGGACUUUCGUGUGGUGUACAUAUUUCUGAAACCGUUCCUGCCGGACCAAGUGUUGGAUUACCUGUUAAAGAAUGUACCAGUCUGAGAAUUGUGGUA